UUAACGCUAACCCCAAACUCUUCUUUUCAAUUCUUGAUUUUGAUUCCUUGCUUUCUCCAACACGUCACGGUUCUUCUUCUUCUUUCUUCUCUAUCAUCUACAGUUCUUUCUUAGGUCGACGACCAUUCAAUUUACCCCAUCUGUGACCAAAUUUAGACUUAGUCUCCUAACCUUUCUUCACUUUUUCCAUAAACGCGCAUUCCCAUUUCUCUUCUACACCCACAAUCUAUAAAAACAUAGACUUUUCCUCACUUCUAUUACACACCCUUUUCCUCUUUUUCAAAGAAAGUUAGCAACUUUUCCCCUCAACUUGGGCACGUCUUGACUAAAUUACAUCACACAAACAUAGGUGUUUUGGAUAAAUCUAAACGGGUCAAAGUUUUCUAGGAAGUUAUAACAGCUUUUGUUUUAUCAAGUAUUGCUGCUACUUGUAGUGAGAAGAUAAGAUUAGUUUGGGAAGUUGGAUAUUGUGAAAGGGUAGAUUCUUGAUAUGGAAGGAUUCCAAGCAAAUACAGAUGAUGGUGGGAUAGCUAAGAGGCUUUGGGUCAAAUUCAAGACUGAAUCUUUAUGUGCUCUUUAUACUCCUUUUGUGGUGUGUUUGGCAUCUGGGACUUUGGAUUCUAAAUCAUUUCUUCACUGUAUCUCUCAAGAUGUCUAUUUCCUUCAAGCUUUUGCUCAUGCAUAUGAACAAGCAGAGGAUUAUGCUGAUGAUGAGGAUGAUAAGGAAGCUAUUCAUGAUCUGAGAAAGCGUGUCUUACGGAAGCUUAAAGAUCAAGAUGAUCUUGUGCGGGAAUGGGGCUUUGAACUUCCAAAAGUCAGCACUUGUGACAGUGCCACAGUUAGAUACACAGACUUUUUGCUGGCCACGGCAGCAGGAAAAGUUGAAGGGGAAAAAGGUCGUGGUAAAAUCGUGACUCCUUUUGAGAAGACAAGACUUGCUGCCUAUGCACUUAGUGCAAUUGCACCCUGUAUGAGGCUUUACAGCUAUCUUAGUACAGAGAUCAAGGCUGUUCUAGUCCCUGAAGAGAGCAAUAACAUCUAUGAGAGAUGGAUCGACUGUCUAUGUUCAGAAAGUUUUGAGGCAUAUGCUUCAAGGAUUGAGGACUUGCUGGAUAAACUAAGUGUUACCUUGACUGGCGAAGAACUUGAUGUCGUGGAAAAGCUGUAUAACAAAGCUAUGAAACUUGAAUUGGAAUUCAUCUCUGUUCAGCCAAUUACUCAGUCCACUAUAACCCCUAUUUCUCGAGUACAAGAGCCAGCAGGAGGCAAUCUUACUAUGUUUUGUGAUUUCGACAUGACGUGCAGUGCUGUUGAUUCCUCUGCCCUUUUGGCAGAUGUUGCUAUCAUUGCAGCAGCAAAGAGUGAUCUGGAUGAUUGCGAAUCCCCAUAUGCUCGUAUAUCUGCAGCUGAUCUUCGGGCCAUUUGGAGCAGUCUUUCCAGCAAGUAUAUUGAGGAAUAUGAGCAAUGCAUAGAAAACAUCAUACCUAGUGAAACAGUUGGGAGAUUUGAUUAUGAGGGUCUGUGUAAAGCACUAGUGCAGCUAUCUGAUUUCGAAAGUAGAGCAAAUGAUAUGGUGGUUCAUUCUGGUGUAUUAAGAGGGUUGAGUCAGGAAGACGUAAAACGGGCUGGGGAACACCUUGUUUUCCAAAACGGUUGCAAAAAAGCUUUGCAAGAAAUUUUGGGAAGUGAAAACCUGCAUGCAGAUCUUCAUGUACUGUCAUACUGUUGGUCUGGAGAUCUCAUCCGAUCAGCUUUUUCAUCAGGGGCCUUGCCAGUGUUAAAUGUGCACUCAAAUGAGUUACCUUAUGAAGGAUCUGUUACCACUGGUGACAUGAUUAAGAAGAUGGAAUCUCCUAUGGACAAGCUUCAAGCUUUUAAUGACAUCCUGAAGUCCCGUGAGAAUAAUGGCAAACAUACUAUAGUUUAUGUUGGAGGUUCAGUGGGUGACUUGCUUUGCCUGCUCAAUGCAGACGUGGGCAUUGUGAUUGGUCUAAGUGCUGGCCUCAGGAAACUAGGUGAACAGUUUGGUAUUUCUUUUGUUCCAUUGUUCUCUGGUUUGGUAACAAAACAGAGAGAACUAGCUGAAGGUCGCUGUUCUGGUUGGACGGGGAUGUCUGGCAUUCUUUACACCGUGUCCAAUUGGGCUGAGAUACAUGCAUUUGUUUUGGGAUUAUAACAAGCAUAUAGAUAGAUUAUAUCGUCUAACAUGUGGCUACUAAUCGAACUAAUAGAUUCCAUGUUUCAGUCCUUGGUCAUUUUUUCGUCGAGGACUAGUAGGCUGUGUCAAGUUGUACUUUACUGGGUGAUUUUUAGUGGCCCAAGGCAAUUCUCACUCAAGGCGGUUAGUAUUAUACUUUGUUUUCUUUGUGCUACUCACCUCUAGUCCGGUGCAUCUGCUUCUUGUUUCGAGCAGGCUGAUUACUUUCUCAAGCUUUUAGAGUGUGAGAGAAGUAUGAGACUCAUUGUGGGAAUGCUACAGUGAAUUUGUUAAUGUGUAAAUUCUGAAUAUGAGGUGAUUUAUUAGGAAUCUCAUUUUCAGGAUAUUGUUGCUUCACAUAUAUUUUAGUAAGGCAGCAUGGAAAUGUCAAUUGUUUUUACAGGUUAUUUACUUGUAAACUCUUUUUUUUUUUUAAAAGCUAUUUACUUGUAAACUGAACUAAUUGAUUUGAAUUAUUGUUCACUGUCA